CAGAACAUUAAAUCCAGGAGAGCUUUAUGAAGUGGGGUGCGACUGAGGAGGAGAAAAGGUGGCGUGGACAAUGUGCAAACUGUGAGGGUCUCAGCGAGGCCUCUCUAGGGCCUCUAAUGCUAGCCACCGCUCCCCAGCUCGCUCCCCAGCCAGGACCCCCAGCUGUCCUCUGGAGUCCCCUGCGACAGCUGAAGGGUGUGCAGGGGAGGGGGCGGGGGUCCAGGCAGCGCUGGUCACACACUCUUGGCUGGCGCUCAGGGCCCCGCUGCCCGCCCCUCCCCGAGGCUCGAGGCUCGACACUAUUUUGGGUGGUGUAGACCCCGCCCCCACCUCGGACCGAGCCCUGGCUCUCCAGGCAGCUGGUGGGGUCUCGGUGCACCUCGGACCGGGGCCUCUGACACGUCUGCAACCAUGUCGGGCCGCUCGGUGCCACAUGCCCACCCAGCCACCGCCGAGUACGAGUUUGCCAACCCGAGCCGCCUGGGUGAGCAGCGCUUCGGAGAAGGCCUCCUACCAGAAGAGAUCCUGACCCCCACCCUCUACCAUGGCUACUAUGUCCGGCCCCGGGCCACCAGAGCUGGGGAGGGCAGCAGGGCAGGGGCCUCCGAGCUCAGGCUCAGUGAGGGCAAGUUCCAGGCAUUUCUGGACGUGAGCCACUUUACCCCAGAUGAGGUGACCGUGAGGACUGUGGACAACUUGCUGGAGGUGUCUGCCCGGCACCCCCAGCGCCUGGACCGCCACGGCUUCGUGUCCCGAGAGUUCUGCCGCACCUAUGUCCUGCCUGCUGAUGUUGACCCCUGGCGGGUCCGUGCUGCUCUCUCGCAUGAUGGCAUCCUUAACCUGGAGGCGCCUCGGGGUGGCCGACAUUUGGACACUGAGGUCAAUGAGGUCUAUAUCUCCUUGCUCCCUGCACCUCCUGAUCCGGAGGAAGAGGAGGAGGCAGCCAGAGUUGAGCCCUGAGUGCCACAGACCCAGCACCCAGCACUUUCUCCCUCGUGCAAUGAUAUGAGCAGCUGCCACCACCGGAGAGGCAGCAGCAUCCUUGGGGGAAUGGAAAAGUGCAUGGGCCACAAUGUAUGGUUUGGUCCCUUGGGACAUGUCCUAGUCUUUGGUUUAGUUCUGGGUGGAGCUGAAUAAACCCAAAUCUCAGGGCCUUGUUUGUGCCGC